CAAUGGACACGAUGCGGAAGAAUUUAAUUGUGAUUUUUAUUGAAUGAAAACAGUAUUUUAAUAAAAGUUUCAAUAAUUUGAAAAGAAAAUCGUGAAAGUAGCCGAAAACUGUCAAAAAAACAACAGAAAAAGAAGAAAAUACGUGAACAAUAAUACGAUAUUUGUUCAAUGGCGACUUUAUUUACAACCAUACGUUCAACAGUAACACAGAAAUAACACAACACAAAAAGAAAACAGUUUUUCACAAAUUUUGCGUUAUUAAUUAAAUAAAAUAUAAACCAAGUAAAGCUUGACAUGGUGCCAAUUUAAAAGUCCAUUUAUUAUUCUAUCAAUUUUCGGUGUGUAACGUUAACAUAAAAUAUGGUGCGGUAACUUUCGAAAUAUUUGACAUUUGAUUGAAUGUGAAAAAUCGAUAUUUCAUUGUUUACAAAGUAAAAGCGUAAAUAAAAUAAGUGUGAAUCAUUCUUAUCUACUCCAAAAUAAGAAUGGAAGGCAUUAAAAUCAUGGUGAUCUUGAACAGAAUUUGAUUUAGUUUUUUUUUAUUUGUGUUAUUUACAAUGUUUGAACCGGCAUCGAUUCAAUUGAAGAAUUUGUUUUGUAAGGUCAUAAACAAAAUAAUUUAAUAAGUACACAAUGGCCAAAUUGCCUCAAGACUUGGGUUAUACAUACCAUCUUCCUUCUGGUGGCAUUUUGCUACGCAUUCGAAAUACAUUAUCACAGUUUAGUGAUAUAUUUAGUGAAUUCAAUCGAUUCAUAACGCCAGCUCCAUACCAUGAUCGUUGUGAACGUUCGGUGCAUAUGCGCCUAUAUUCGUUAUCGAAACGUGAAUUCGUCAUGGCCAUUUUAGCAUUUUUUGUUUGCGAAUUUCUUAGCAUUUUCAUUGGUUUGGCAGGUCCGCCAAUAACAACAACAACAAUGCUGAGUGCAAGAACAUUGAUUGCAAACACAUCGACUUCAAGUGAUAAGAAUAUCAUGGCCACUGGACCGCUUGUGAUGCGCACACCUCUACUGAAUACAUAUGCUCAGCAAUUGUGGCUCAUCGGCCGAAUGGAGACUGACAACCGUGACAAUGAAAAAUUCGAUAAAACAUUUCAAAUUAAUGUGAUGAUCGAAGGUAUGACCAAGGAUCAUACACCUGUUCAGCUAUCUAGUGUUGUACGAAAUCGUACAAGACAUUUGGUGUGCGAAUGCAAUUUUUGUGAUGAAUUCACAAUUGUACAUUUAGGUUUCCUUGAAUAUGCUCAUUACAUCAUAACGGUACGAUUUUAUGACUUGGAACAUUUCCAUCAACGAUAUAACAUUAAAGACUUGAUAUUGUUUUUCAAAACAUACAACCCCGAUUUUACGCAAAUUGAGAUAUGGUUUCGAUUUAUUUUUCUGUUCUUCUCAUUUGUGGUGACCUGUUGGUUCCAGCAUACAAUGAGACGAUAUCCACAUUUUGAUUGGUCAAUCGAGCAGAAAUGGAUGAGUUUACUCUUGCCGCUUUUGGCUUUAUAUAAUAAUCCAUUUUUCACGUUGUCCUUGUUGUUUAAUUCAUGGAUGCCGGGAAUGUUGGAUGCUGUAUUUCAGUCAACAUUCUUGUGCUCGUUAUUAAUGUUUUGGCUGUGUAUUUAUCAUGGUUUGCGACAAAAUGAGCGAAAAUUUAUAACAUUUUAUCUUCCCAAAUUGAUUGUAAUAACACCAAUGUGGUUAUGUGCCAUUGUUCUCGCAACAUGGGAAAAAUACAACGAACUUCGUGAUCCAACUUAUAGCCAUUUCGUUGAUACAGGAAACUUUCAGGGUUUUCAAACAUUUUUCUACAUAUCCUGUACAAUGUACUUACUCUACCUGGCUCUGCUGAUACUGAAAGCAUACAGUGAACUUAGAUCGAUGCCAUUUUUUGAUAUGCGCUUAAAGUUUUUGACACUUUUAAUGAUAUUUGUUAUGAGUGUUACGAUUUCAUUGGCUAUGAAUCGGUUUGGAUUUGGAGUGUUGGAGGAUAAUUUUGUGGCCUCAUUAAGUACGACUUAUAAAAGUUCGGCACAGUUUAUGUGUUUCUAUGGUUUAUUAAACUUUUAUCUUUAUACAAUGGCAUAUGUAUACUCACCGAGCGGUCGACCUGUCCAUGAAACUACAAUAACCAAAGAUAAUCCGGCAUUUUCAAUGGUAAACGAUUCCGAUGAAGAUGUAAUUUAUGGUUCAGAUGAUGAUAGCAGGCGUCCGUUGAACUCAUCAACGGUAAAAGGCAACGAUUAUGAUGACAGUGACUAAUAACUUUAGCUUUUUCAAAUAAAAGCGCAUCAGUGACAAUGACACUAAAUCAGUAUAAUAAUAUAAUGUUUUAAGUAAUUUACUCGAGUUGGCAACUUUUUUUCGUUUCGACAAAAAUAUGCGCCAAAUAUACACAAAAGACACGUAUCCUCAAUGUGAGACGAUUUGACAUAAAAUUCAGUUCAUCCGAAGUCUCAUUUAUUUUUGGAUAAAUUUUAGUGAACAAUUUUUUUUCUCAAUAUUUUUGCGCGUUAUACCGAGUCUCCGAGAGUUUCAUAUAUAGAGAAAAGACAGUCGAAAACACGGAAAAAAUUUUUUUUACUUUAUUUCUGCUGCUACAUGGCAUGCCAAUAUGAAACUCUCGGAGCCUCGGUAUAUUGCACAAAAAUAUUGAAAUUUUAUAUUGUGUUUAUCUCAUAUUGUGUUUUUUGUGUGUAUAUUCAUAAAAUAUAUAUAUUUUAUGCUAUAACAUAGAGAAUUAUUCAUGCUAAGUAAUUUAAGA